AUGAAGAAGGAACAGGUAGCACACUGCCAGUUCUCCGUGUGGUACCCGCUCUUCCGGGCCGUCACCAUCCGCAGUGUCAUACUUCCCCUACCAGAGAAUGUCAAAGAAUAUUUGCUGGAUGAUGGAACGCUUGUGGUUUCUGGAAGAGAUGAUCCACCAAGUCAUGCUCCGGAAGGGAGUGAUGAUGCAGAGGAAAUACAGUGGUCAGAUGAUGAGAAUACUACAACCCUAAAGGCACCAGAAUUUCCUGAGUUCACAGCUAAAGUUCAAGAAGCAAUAAGUUCCUUGGGUGGCAGUGUUUUUCCUAAACUGAACUGGAGUGCUCCAAGGGAUGCCUACUGGAUAGCAAUGAACAGCUCUCUGAAGUGUAAAGCUCUCAGUGACAUCUUCCUCCUCUUCAAGAGUUCAGACUUCAUUACUCGUGAUCUCACUCAGCCAUUUAUUCACUGUACUGAUGAUUCCCCUGAUCCUUCCUUGGACUAUGAGCUUGUCCUUCGCAAAUGGUGUGAACUAAUCCCUGGUGCAGAAUUCAGAUGCUUUGUCAAGGAAAACAAGCUUAUAGGUAUAUCACAGAGGGACUACACACAAUACUACGAUCAUAUCUCCAAGCAACAUGAGGAGAUCUGUAGAUCGAUACAGGAGUUUUUCAAGAAGCACAUACAGUAUAAGUUCUUGGAUGAAGACUUUGUUUUUGAUGUAUACAGAGACAGCAGGGGUAAGAUUUGGUUAAUAGAUUUUAACCCAUUUGGUGAAGUGACAGACUCCCUCCUCUUUACGUGGGAAGAACUGACCUCUGGGAAAAACUUGAAAGGAGACCAGGGUGAAGGGGAAGCAACAGAACAGGACUAUCCAGUUUUCCGUUGUACAAACAGUAAAGUUCCUGUCCAGCCUAGUCCAUACCUCAGUUAUCGACUACCGAAGGAUUUUGUGGACCUUUCUACAGGAGAGGACGUUCACAAAUUAAUUGACUUUCUUAAACUGAAAAGAAAUCAGCAAGAUGAUGACUGAGGUAUCAAGAA